CUAGGCUGAGGCUUGACAGUUUUGUACGAUGGUUUCAGGUCUCGCGGGUUUUAGCGGUAGGUUUUCCCCUAUGAAAUUAAGUAAAUUUAUGGCUUCAUAUUUCGUAUGAAGCUUUUGAGGGUUGAAGAUGCGAUUGAUUUAGUCUACACAUGCCUGCCCUGCCAUGAUCUUCUAAAAUGGCUUCAUUGUAUAUUGAUAAGCUUCUGAGAUAAAGCCAGAAAUGUAAAAAGGGCAAAACCUACCGCUUAAACCCCAGAAAAUCGUACUUAUGAGAUGCAUAGGCCACUCAAAAAAUAAUUGCUGGCAUGAAGUGUGGCAUCUCAGCAAAAUUACAGUUGCUGAGGAACUCAAACUCAGCUGAGGGGUGUUCACGGGCACCGCACACUGCUGCGUGCGUUGUGUGCGCUGUCACAGAGGGGCAGCAGCAAUGCCAGGCGAGGUGGCAGCGGCCGGCGCCGGCAGCGGCCCGGUGGCCAACGGAGAGCCGACGGCGGCCGGCGGCGACCAACAGCAGCGGCCGCCGCAGCAGUCCGUCUUCGACAUCUGCAAGGGACUCGUCUUCCGAGCCAUGAUCAUCUACUUCAUAUCGUCAAUGUUCAGGCGUUCGCCGCCCCAGACGGCAACUGGACCUGGUGGCAAACCGACCGGAGCCAUAUACGCCACGAACAUGUUCGAGAACGGAACUUUCAUGGACAUGUACGCGUACGUGAGUGAGUCGGAGGACGGGCCGGACUUCAGUCGGCCGGAGCAGCUGGUGUGGCGCCAGCUGGGACUUCAGUACGGCGACUGGGUCAGCGGGCCGAGCGGCGACGGCAUCUUCUCCCACCAGCUCACCUACCGGCCCUCGCAGGCGGUACUGAACAACGGCUCCGUGUAUUUGCACGUGUAUAUCGUGCGCGAGGGCAGAUCACCGGAUCCUUCAAAGGGCAAGCUGUACUCGAGACAAGAGACCAUUUCGGGCACAAAAAGACUAAACAAAUUCAAACGCAAGGUGUACAAGCGGACUCAGAACCUGCUGACGGGCAGCUCUGAAAUCUCGGAGGAGGACCUGAAGAAGGCCGAUACGAUACAGUCGGAGCGUCUCUCGCACUGGCACCCCAACAUGACCAUCAGCAUCGUGCACGACUUCACCACGUGGACCAAGGCGGCUCUGGUACCGCCCAUCGACGAGUACAUCCACUUCACACCAUCCGGGGAGCGCUACCGACCCAUCCUCUUCAUCAACGACUACUGGAACAUCAACAAGGACUACAUGCCCAUCAACGACACGAUGAAGGAGCUGCAGCUGCUGCUCACCUUCCAGCCCAUCACCUUCUUCAAGUUCCAGCUGUACAGCUCGAUGGGCAUGCGCAACAAGUGGACGGCCAACCUGCUCGGCGAUGCCGCCGAGGAGAACGACGAGGACCAGGACUCGAUGAAGGAGGCAAUCCUGGAGACAAAUCCGUACCUGAUGGCGCUCACAGUGGCCGUCUCGCUGCUGCACAGCGUCUUCGAGUUCCUCGCAUUCAAAAACGACAUCCAGUUCUGGAACAACCGCGAGUCGCUGGAGGGGCUGUCGGUGCGCUCGGUGUUCUUCGGCGUGUUCCAGGCGGGCGUCAUCAUGCUGUACGUGCUGGACAACGACACCAACGCCGUCAUCAGGAUCAGCUGUGCCAUCGGAAUGGCCAUCGAGUGCUGGAAAAUCACCAAGGUAUCUGAUGUGAAGAUAGACCGCCAGAACCGCAUCCUGGGCAUCAUUCCUCGCAUUUCGUUCGAGGACAAGGGCUCCUAUGUGGAGUCCAGCACCAGAGAGUACGACAAGAUGGCUUUCAAGUACCUGUCGUGGGCACUGUUCCCGCUGCUCGGCGGCUACGCCGUCUACAGCGUGGUCUACAUGGAGCACAAGGGCUGGUACUCGUGGGUGCUCUCCAUGCUGUACGGCUUCCUACUGACGUUCGGCUUUAUCAUGAUGACCCCGCAGCUGUUCAUCAACUACAAGAUGAAGUCGGUGGCCCAUUUACCCUGGCGCAUGAUGACAUACAAGGCGCUCAACACCUUCAUCGACGACAUGUUCGCGUUCAUCAUCAAGAUGCCCAUGAUGUACCGGAUCGGGUGCUUGAGGGACGACGUCGUCUUCUUCAUAUUCCUGUACCAGCGCUACAUCUACCGCGUCGACCCGAGCCGGGUCAACGAGUUCGGCUUCUCGCAGGAGAUGCUGGAGCGGAAGCAGACCGGUGCGCCGGCCGCCGCCGAUCAGCAGACGGCCGAGCAGCCGGCGGUGGCCGCUGCGCCGCCCAAGUCGGACGCCGACAAAAAGGCGGACUGAGCGGCGCGGUGGAGCGGGUGUCUAGUCGCUGGGUGUGGGACCGCGCGCGGAGCCGCAGCGCCGCCGGACGAGAUUGACGUCAUGUACCCAUGUUCUGUGUGUCCAGUUAGUCCCAUAUUGUCGCGCGAAUGUUGCUGGCGGCUCGGCCGAUUGUGUGUGGCCGCGGCGGCCGGUGUGUGUCGUUUAUAUACCCGACGGCGAUGAAUGUCUAAUCACGUAGUGCGGCGCCGCGAGCCAAUGUCGAGCUGGUGUGAACCUCAAUGUGUUCUGUGUGACAUGUUUUCGCUGUAAUGUUGGCAUUCUGUUCGAAAACGUGGACAGCCAUUUCUGAUAAGGUGGAUAAGGUGUCGAUGUUUUAUGGUGCAUAUGAAAUAGUCAAAUUUGUCCAAGGAAUAUGAAUAAACAGAUUGUUACUUUGA